UUUGCUUUGUUUUUCUCCUCGGGCCAAGGUGUCUUUGGUCUUCUCCGCCAUGGUCCGGAAGGCCCUUUUCGUGCUCACCUGGGCUUGCUUGCCGUCCUCCCUCGCACAAUACGUGCGAGGGACGGCCGGCAGCGGCAGCGGGGGGUGUCCGAUUGGGGCACAACAAGUGCCGGUGGAAAGAUGUCAAGCGGCCGCCCAAGCGUUGUCGAUCCUGUGGAUCGGACAGAUCACCUCCAACGACGUGAUCCCUGGCUGUCAAGGUGAUGGCUUCACCGGAUACUUCAACACCAAUCAGUUCUCCAGCGGAUCGAGCGUGAACAUCAACCCGAUCUGCGAAGUCGUAGGGACUCAAACGUCCACGAGCAGCAGCAGCACGACGACGCAGACCUCGACGACGUGGACUCAAACUCAUGCCACGCUGACAGUGACCAGGGAACUGCGAUUUCCCGAUGUGGGCGGCACCUGGAGCUGGCUGCAGGACGGCACCUUGCAGCGGUUGCAUACGACACCGCGGCGGCAUUUGUUCGUGCCCAGUGAUGUGGCCGACUGCCCCGUGCAGAUCAACUCGCUGCUGUCACACAGGACCACCUUCGUGGACUAUGUGCAGGGCGGCAGCCAGACGGUCACUGACAGCUGGCACGAUCCAUCGGUGGCUCAUUUGAUGAUGCCGUUCACCUGGACGGGACGCAGCAUUUUCUACUUGUCCGGCCAGACGAACUCUGUUGCACAGCAAAACCAAACAGAGUUUAGCCAGGAUGGAGCCAUUAGCAAUGUCAUAAUGACCGCUGGUAUUGGCAUUUGGACACCACUUUUAGCAUUUGCUUGGUGAGGGACCUGGGAGCCUCUCAACUUUGUCAUGUCGAACCUUUUCUCGAAGAACUCGACAAAUGUUUCACAAGCGAUGGCAAAGCCAUACAGACCUCCAACCCAUAUAGUCACGGAGUAAUAU